AUGUACCAAGAGGGCACAUAUUUGAUGCGAAAGAAAAACCUAUUAAUCAGAUUUGAAUGUGAAGUCGCACCAUACCAGAUUACCCUUGCAUUUCUAGAGAUCGAAGUACCUUUUCUCGUACCCGACCCAUCCACUUCAAGGGACUUCAAAGGAACCGUCUUGACCCACAAGAUUUGUUAUAGGAAGUCUAGGUCACGUCCUCAACCAAAUGCGAGCUUCAUCCCAUUAGCUCGUCAUAUUCCCGAUCUGUGUCGAGCACUAUCUAUCAUAAGAUGGAGAAUCAGCCUACAUAACGAGCAUGUCAAACACAUUGUGACUCUCACCGAUCCCUAUGCAAAACAGAUCUCUGGACUCUCUACCUUGUUCGGGUCAGUAUCUGUAUCUGAAUUAUCUUUCCCACCGAGCGAAAUCGAAUCUUUCUUGUCUCGAAAGCAACAAGAAGAACCCAUAGCUCCUUACCCUGCCCAUCUGAAAGCAUUCCCUGACUUGGAGUUCAAUGGUGUAAUACCUAAGAAUUUGCAAACAAUCGCGACAUCGGAAUUCACAUUUAUGCCAGAGGUGUACAGCUAUGAUCAGAUAGAAAUAUUCCGGGAACAUAUUGAAGAAAUGAUGAACCAGGGACAAAUAUUCCUCGAUGAAGAAAGAUAUGUCAAAGCUACGAGGGUAUGGAGCAAGUGUCAAAGAUUAGAAUUCAGUCAAUGCUCAGGCAAACGAGGAGAACGCUUACUCGAAAGUUUGUCAUUGGAUUCUCUGAAUAGACUCGCAUUUUUACUCUUUUAUGCUGCACGUUGGCGCGUGGGAAUCACUUCCUACCUAAUGCAAACAAAGUGGAAAGGAAACCACGAGAAGAUAGUCAUAGAGGGGAAAUCGAUGGUCAAGGAGGUGGAAAAUUUCACUAGCUGGCUAACAGAUCAUAAAGCAAAGGUGACUUAUCCAUACGACACAGACAAGAUUGCAAAGAGGUUUUACAACCUAUCGAUCAUAUUUCGAUUGUCGGGUCAGCUGGCUUGGGCGAGCGUCCCAAUUGAUCUUGCUCUUGAUGAAAAUCCCAAUGACUCGGAAUUCUUGAUUGCAGAGGGCAAAAUUAGCUUGGCGAUCUCCAAAGAAGCUAGAAGAAAGUUGAUGAACGACAAUCUUCUGCUUCGUUGA